AUGCUCGGGAACGCGCCUCGAUAUCACGCCUAGCAACCCUCUGGGUUGUCUGCGCGUCCUAGUGACCGGCGCGCUCCCGAGACAUCCCUGUGAGACUUCACUGAGUUGCCCGGAUCCGGGUCACCGAGCGGGACUAGAAAAUGUUGGAUUUCUUGCAGGAUACGGGCAGAAAUGUAUUCCCAACACUCCCCAAACUCACCGAAGAAGAUGUGUCCACCAUAUGGUCUUGUGUUGCCGAGUUCAUUGAACAUCAGAUGUCUCAACAAAAGGGGGUGCAGGUCCCCGGACUGGGAACUUUUACUCUAUCAAGACACAAAUUAGAUGUUGGCAACAACAAGUUCAUCCUGGUUCAACGUCCAGUUUUUCUUCUGUCUGAGAAAUUUGCACAGAUUCAUGCACUGAAGUACAAUAAAGUAUUCACAACCGGUGAAAUCCCGGUCGUUCCUCUGAACUUCAUCGCCUUGUCUUUCUCUUGCUCCUACAACAGAGACACUAUAGAGAGCUGUGUGAGGGAGACACUCAGCAUUUUCUCUCGCUCUGUCGCUACCAAACAAAAUGUUGAGUUCAGCUUUAAGGGCAUUGGUUCCCUUAUCAUCCGCAACCAGAAAGUCAAAAUGAAAUUUUACAAAGACUUUGUAAAUAGCAUGGAUGGAACUGGCUCUCUGGUGAAAUCUCUGUGUAAUAGGCCUGGGACAGCUGAUUCUGUGAUGUCUGCUGGGGAAGACCAACCAAUGCGUCCUUGGUCUUGCAGCGCUCUUCUAUUCCCUAGAAUUGAGGAAAAAGUCACAGACAAAUCACCUGCCAUGGAUACAAUCCUUGAAGAGAAUUUGGAGCUUGAGAAGGUGGAGGAAGCUAAGAUAGAUCAGCCAAUAGAAAAUGUGCAAAUGGGAGAAGAGCCAAUCACAAGCAGAAGAGAGAACACACCAACAAAGCGUCUGCUGAAUAGACAAUCUAUUGUGCCUGCCAAAGUCAUCGGGAUCAGCUUGAAUGAAGAUCUGGAGAAAAUAACAAAACCAAAAACUGCUCCUGAAAGAUUAGGAUCUUCACUUUCUAUGAACUUCUCAAGACCUGAUCCUGAAGUGAGCCAGAUGAAUAUCCUAAGGACAACAAUUUCUCCUGCCUGCCUGGAUCACUGUCGUGCAGGGCAGGAACUGUGCUACCUGUGUCUACAGCGGGCCCAGAAAAAUAUCCCGGUGUACUUCACAGAGGAGAGAAAACUGAAAGAAAAGGAGGAGGAGAGAAUAUUACAGCAAUACCAGCACAUGAAAGACCAAGAGGCCAUGCUUAAGUCCCAGAUGAAAUCUCAAGCAAUUCGAGAACAAAGUAAAAAAGACACAGCAUACAACAUGGGGGUCGCAGAAGCCAUCAGGAAUGAACGCGAUGCCAGGAACACAGAUUUCUAUAGAUCAUACAUUUUUCAGAAGAGGCCUCUGACCCCUCCAGCGUUAAUAAAACAGGAGCAAUGUUACCAGUCGCUGACUAAGCAGAUGGCGGACAGGCGAGGGAAGGAGGAAAAGGAGAAGCAGGACCAGGAAUUGCUGGGCAGGCUGGAACAGAUUCAACUUGCUGAUGAACUGGCAGCUCAAAGAUCAAAAUAUCUAAGAGGGAAGAAUGAACUGAUGUUGUCUUACAAGAGCGCCCUGGACACGCAGGUCAAAAUGAAACCAGGCUUUGCGCCCCCUCCUGAACCCAAAAUUACAGAGCCGGUAUUUGGACUGAAUGAUAUGACCAAUGAAAAGCUGGCAGAAAAGAAGAGGCGGGCCCAGGAGGUCUCUAAGCACCAGCUGCAAACUGCCGCAGAACGUAAACGCUUGGCUGUACUCAAUGAUCUGGUGCAGCAGAGGAAGGAGUCAGACAUGCUGCACUCUACUAAAGAGCUGUUGUUGUCUGAUAGAGCGGUGCAGUUUGAGAAGAUGCAGAGACUACGGAGAGGGUUGCAGGAUGAUUGGUCCAAGAGCUUUGAGCUGAAAAGACGGAAGGAGGAGGAGGAAGUACGCUUCAUCCGGGCUAGUAGUGAUCUUCUUCUAGAUCAGUUUGAGAAGUAUCGCCGCUGCUUCCAGUGCAAGAAGCGAACAUCAAACUGCGGAGAGACCAACGUUUGGUGUGAGACGCGCUAUAUCCCAGGAUCCCGCCUGAUGGUUUGAUCACCGCGGUCUGCUCCUCAGUAAUGUUUGUUUAUUCAUAAAGCGUAACUGUCACUUUGUACCUCCUGUCCUAAUCAUGUUAUUUCAAAUGAGCAGUUCUGCAUUCUAAUUACAUUGGAUUAUGAAGCUUGAAAACACUCUCCUACCUCUGUCUCCUCUAUGGCUGUGGCAGCGGUCAGUAGAACUAAUUGGGUCUGUAGAGGGAUUAUUGGGAUAUGUACUGAGACCCUGAAAACAGAUUGUGCCUUAUCAAAAAGGAAAAAUGGUGUGAAAACUAAAUUAGCAACUUGAAUGAAACAUUGUCUGUUGUCUAAAACAAAAUAAAGGUUUGUUCAAUGUGCAAAGAGUCUUCUAUUCCUCAUUAAUACUUGAGUACCGGUUCAAUUGGACUUCGACAUUGUGUUAACAAAUAAAUGUUUCACUGAAAUAGGCAAAA